GCAGACAGUGGAACGUGUGACGUUACAGAACCAACUCCAGCAGCUUUUAGAAGCCCAGCGGUCAGAGGGCAAAUCACUACCCACAUCUCCAAGCUCGCCAUCAUCUCCUGCUUCUGGCAAACCCCAGUGGAAACCAUCUGAAGCAGAUGAAUUGUCUCCACCAAAAAGUAAAUUGAACACCCAAGAUGGGAUUCAGAUUCUUGGCAGCUUGGGAACUUCUAGUCGCACUCGAGCCAAGAUAAAAGAUGAGGACUCAGAUAAAAUCUUGCGCCAGUUGUUGGGGAAGGAAAUCUCUGAAAAUGUCUGUAUGCAAGAAAAGCUGACUUUGGAAUUUCAGGAUGCUCAUGCAUCCUCCAAGAACGUGAAGAAGAUUUUGCCAGAGAAAAGGGAGCUGAAGUUAGCCAGACUGAGGCAACUGAUGCAGAGGUCACUCAGCGAGUCUGAUACAGACUCCGCUAAUUCUGAGGACCACAAGAACACCCCUGUGAAAAGAAUGGACAAACCAAGGCCUCAGCCCAUAGUGGAGAGCGUUGAGAGCACGGAGAGUUUGCACCUGAUGAUUAAGAAACACACUUCCGCAGCAGGACGCCGCUUCCCUUUUGGUAUCAGGGUCUCUAAGUCUGUGGAUGGCCACAGUCCUUCCCCUACUUCAGAGAGCAGUGACCCGGAUAAUGAAUCCCCGUAUCCAUCUGGCACUGCACCUCAGAGCCAGUUUUGUGGAGACAGCUCUCUGUCCGGCACAGACAGUGCCACUGCUCAGAAAGCUGCCACCAGUCCUAAGAGUGCUCUCAAGUCUCCAUCUUCAAAGCGCAGAACCUCCCAAAACUUGAAACUCCGAGUGACUUUCGAGGAGCCUGUGGUGCAGGUGGAGCUAGCAGAGACAGAACUAAGCGAGGAAAAGGAUAAAGACCGGGGCAAAGGACUCGUGCGAUCUCCGCCCAGCUCCGAGCCAGCAGGGGACCAGCUGAAAAGGCCUUUUGGAACCUUUCGGUCCAUAAUGGAGACACUGAGUGGCAACCAAAAUAACAACAACAACUGUCAAACAGCAAACCUGAUCAAAACCUCAUCGACGCUGCCUUUUACCUCGUUAGGAAGGAAGACAGCAGACAGCAAGGGAAACACAGCAGCUCUCACAAAAGGAAGAAACAAGCCAGGUCCUUCCUUCAGCUACACCAGUCUUUCCUCUAGCAUGCUGAAUGAAGAACUUCUGUGUAACUGUGCUCG